CACACUGAACGUGACAGGCAGCUAUCGGCAGUCACACACUUAUCGAUAAAGCAUUUACUUCACUUUGUAGUGUUUUUCAUUUGACAGCGUAAUUUAACAUUUUUGAGUUUCGAAAAAGAGUUAAAGACAAUCACAAUGGAUGAGGAAUGGUGGCAAUGCAAUUUGCGUGAACUGGAGACGGUAAACAAGCGCGAGGAGACACUCAGCAACAUGUAUGCAAAUAUCAACAAACAAUCGGCGCUGCCGAUAAAUCGUCAGGUCAUCGAGUUGUUGUUGCGCGCGCCGAAUUUGUAUGAAUGUGCCAGGAUUGUGAAAGGGGAGAAGGAGCAGGAGCAGGAGCAGGUGGUAAAUCUGGCCAUUGAUGUGCUGCGCAGCUGCCUGCAACAGUUGGAACUGGACAUACAGGAUGCCAAAUUGCCAGAGUUGCUAAGUUUGCCACUAACUCAUUCCAAUCCCGCCGUGCGUUCGCUAGUGCUCGGCAAUCUGCUGAAGCAGCUGCGUUCGCAGCGUGAACCAAAGCCGCUGCCCAGCACUGAACUGCUCUUGUAUGUGCUGGACGAACUGCAGCAGCCGGAGACGCAGUCCAGUGUCAUUGCCAUUGAUAUACUGAAUCUAGAGCUGACUAAUUGGUUGACCGACUCCGGCGUACAGUCGAAGCUGCUGCAGCUGCUGCAGCGGGAUGAGAUGGUCUGCUGUCGCGUCUAUGAGCUGGCCGUAAUGCUGGCCAAGCACAGUGCUGCCAGCUUGAGUUCCGUUGAAUUCAUUUUGGAUGCAGCACUCAGUGAACUGGACAACGAUGAUGUCCUGCUCAUGUCCAGUGUCAUGGAGAUUCUGGUGCCGCUGGCCGAGCAGAAUCAUGGACUUAGCUACAUGGAGCGUCGUCGUGUCCUGGACAUCAUCAGCAGUCGUGUGGAACGCAUCGAUGAGAAUCCUUUGGAUGCUUUGAUCCUGCCCAGCAUCAUGAAGUUCUUUGGCAAGAUUGCUGCAGUGCAGCCGCAAAAGAUCAUUGCGGGUUAUCCACAAAUGUUGGCUUGCCUCUUCCAACUCUUGGAGUCUGGGGAUGAGGCGAUGCUGCCAACUGGCCUGGACACGCUGGCCAAUCUCACAAGCACUGUGCAGGGCAAGCUGCUCAUGCAUCAACACUUUCAGUCCGCCAUGGAGCAACUGCUGCGCAAAUAUUCGACUCAUCUCAAGAAUCUGUCGCCUCCACUUAAGAUUCGUCUGCUCAACUCGCUGGACGUCAUCUACACGCUGGAAGGGAUGCCCAGCAGUGAGCUCAACACUAUUUUGUUGGGCUGGUAUGAAUGCUUCGCUGGUGGACGACAGGUGAAUCACAUCAUGGAGCUGCUGCACACACCCUUUCCCGAUCUGCAGCUGGCCGCCUUGGGAUUGCUGAAGACCCUCUGUCAGUAUCCGUGGGGCAUUACGGCCGUGCAACAGACGGCAGGUGCCAUUGAGUUUCUGUUGUCGCGUCAGCAGGAUUUGGACAAGGAUGUCAAGUAUCUCAAGUGGCAGAUAAUGCAGCUGUUGUCCGUGAGCAGCGAGUUUACGCCCACGGAAAUUGUACGCUUUACGGCGUAUGUGAAUGAGGGGCCGCUUUAUCAGCAGACUGUCGUGAAUAUUGCCACCGAGGGGCAGGGAAGUCAGUAGCAUUACGUUGAUUGUGUCAAGUUGUUGCAACCAAAGCCGCCAUCAUAAUAAUUUAAUAAUAAUAAUUUUUUUUGAGGUUAUGCUGUAAAUGUAACGUUAGUUGAUCUGCUAGAAUUGAGGUUAGUUUUCAUGCAAAAAAUAAAUGUUAUUUGUUUGCAGUUGCUGCAACUGCCGCAAUAUAA